AUGUGGCCCAGCCGGUCCAAGGAGAAGGAGGCAAAAGGCUCUGAGGAAUUCAACGAGCCACUUCCUGCGCACCAGCGGGGCGCGCUCAGCCCCGGGGCGGCCGCUGGGGCCCCUCGCUCCCAGUGCCCCGCCACGCGGGAGGGACCCCGAGGCAGCUCGUGGGAAAGCCCCCUUCGAUGGAAAGAGGAGGCCCUGGCCGUGACGGACUCGGUGCCCCUCACACACAAGGGGUGCAGGGAGGAAAGGCGGGGAGCCCCCGCGAGAGGUCCCGCCAGCUUCCUCCGUUGGGAGGGUUUAACUGCCCGGAAACGGAAGUCUUGUUCUCUUCCUUCCUUCUGCCUUCUUGCUGUCUGCUGUACGGGUCAGCACCCCUUCUCUGCGCGCCUUGUCACCAUGCCUCGGAAAAUUGAGGAAAUCAAGGACUUUCUGCUCACAGCCAGGCGAAAGGAUGCCAAGUCUGUCAAGAUCAAGAAAAAUAAGGACAAUGUGAAGUUUAAAGUUCGAUGCAGCAGAUACCUUUAUACGUUGGUCAUCACCGACAAAGAGAAGGCAGAGAAACUGAAGCAGUCUCUGCCCCCUGGUUUGGCCGUGAAGGAGCUGAAAUGAACCAGACACGCUGAUUUGAACUGUAUUAAAAUAUUUUAAAAUUCUUAA